AUAGCCUAUCCUCUCCCCUGAUUCAAGAUCAGUGUUCUGAUUGGCCAAAAUGAUUUGGGCGACCGUGGACCAACAGGCCUCUGCAAAAGGCACAUAUGACGUCCUAUAGCUUGUGCAACGAUGCGUGUAUCAAGUUCAUUUUACGUUACAUGUUUACAUAACGCGCUGUUAUAUAAAAUACACUAUUUAACAUCGUUUCACGGAGUAGGCAGGUCAGCACAUAAUGUAGUCGUGAAGACGCAGCGAGACCUGUAAAUAAACUCUGACAUUCACACACGUUUCGUGGAGUUAUCAGGACAAAAUGGAAAAGGAUAACGUCGAAGAUAACGAAUGGCUGAAGCAGACGAAAUAUAUCAACCAUAAAGAUCCUGCAAUUACAACUCUGGCGCAGUCUAUAACAUCCGGUAUUGCAGACGACAGAGCAAAAGCGGUGGCCAUACACGAUUGGGUGCGAGAUAACAUCCAGUUUGGCUGGACGAAACAUUUCUGGGCGGACUCUGCCACUGAUGUGUUGGCCGCCGGGAAAGGGUUUUGCAACACGAAAUCCACGUUAUUCGUCGCUUUGUUACGUAACGUGGGUAUUCCUGCGCGUCAGCAUUUUGUGACCAUACACUGCGACAGUUUGCAUGGCCUCGUGAAAACGGGGUCAGAGUACGUGGACCACGCGUAUGCGGAGGUGUACCUAGACGGGAAGUGGCUAAAAACGGAUAGCUACGUCAUAGAUAGUAAACUAUUUCGGAAUGCUCAGGCCCGAUUGACGACCGAAAAUAGACUUAUCGGAUAUGGAACAAUACAGGGCGGCCAGAAUACCUGGGACGGACGCACGGACAGCUUCGCCCAGUUUGUUAACGACGGACGUGUGGAUUAUCUUACGACCAGAGACUAUGGCGUUUUUGAAGACGUUGAGACGUUUUAUAAGACCGCUCCGGAGACAAUCAAUGGCGGCCGUUUCACACGUGCCAUCAUUUGUGUGCUGGCGAUGACUGGUCUUAUAAACAAGAAAACGGAGUCCUUAAGGAAAUCUUAAAACCAAACUUCGGCUUUCGCGUUUCAUCAUGCUAAUAGCAAAAAUGUAUACCGGCACAUUCGUUAGUUUCAAUAUGUUGAAAGUUGUCAGUUUGUACAUGUGACGUGGUUAAUGCAUUUUCAAAAAGUGAACUUCCCGCUUUUACUGUAUUUUCGUGUAAAUGGCGUCUCGUAUAAAAAAAUCUAGUUAAGACUGAAAAUGUCAUUCUUGAUUAGCCUUUGCGGAAUGAGAAUCUAUUUAAUAGGAAAGAUGGUGCAUAACAGCAUAUACGGAAGUCUUUAAUACUACAAACUCGUACACUUUCAUUACUACUAACAAUAUUAAGAAAAGAAAAAAGCUUAAGAUUUCUAAGCGAUGCUGUUAUUUUCUUAAUAUUUCGUAAAAACUAAAAUAAUAUAAUAAAACAACUAUCAUUAUAAUAAGCAUAAAAUGUUAUGAAGCUACGUAAGUUGAUCGUGAGAUUUUGAACGGGCAUGUUUAAUGAGUUAAUAUUGUCAUUAUUUGAGUUGAAUAAAAGUUCCGUUUUCUUG